AUGCCGUCUUCGGUCCGUCGCCGCUCGUUGAUGGUGGCUCUGGGCUCGCACGAGUCAUGGCGAAAUCGCGUCAUCGUCCUCUGCCGUCAACGCUUCACACGUCAGCAUCUCUCGUCAUGCCUCGUCAACGCCCUCUACUGCCCCGACACCAAGCUGGCUCGUUCCCGGCUGGCUGCUGGGGUGCAUGUGCAGAGCAGACUCGGAGCGUGCCGAUCAUGGCUCCCGAGGGCGGCAAUCAACCGCAUCCUCGACGGCGGGUCGGAGGGGACGCAGAAUAGGGAGGACCGAGGACAAGAUGGCGCCAUGAAGGAGGAAGAAAAUCUGGCAGAUGAGUCGGCACGAGCACUAUAUUCGUGCUAG